UGAAUCAUCUCUUUUGUUUGUCCGAAACAUAUUAUUUUUGUUUCAUUCAUUUUAUACAAUUAAUAAUUUCUCAUUGCAUCUUUUGCUAAUUUUCCUUUAAUUUAUUUCUUGAAUAUACUAUGAAAUUCCGCAGAUAUAUUCUCCAUAAAAAUGGAGAAUAAUUAAUCUCCGAAAUUGAUUAGACUUGUGAACUGUGAUCUUAGAUUUGAUUGUCCCACAAAACCCUAGAAGUUAGUGCUAUUUUCCCCUACACCUUACAAAUCUCAAAUUUAGCGACAUUUAUUUCUCCAUCUUUUUUUUUUUCAAUCUUUUGUUAUAUUUUUCAUUUUUUGUGCCAAUUUUGAUUGGUUAUGUUAAAACUGUGUUUUAUUGGAAGUAUUGCUGGGGUUUCUUCUUCUUGUGCGUGUAAUUGUUGUUUAGCUUCUUGAUAAGUAUUCUGUGUGAGAAAAGAAGUUAACUCUUCAUCUUCAGUUGCUGUGAAAAAAAGCCCAAACUCUCUUGUUGCAUUCUCACAUUGUAGGACACUGCUGCAGUGAUUUUGGGGAACUGGGGUGUCAUCAUUGGAUCAUUUGGUGAAUUGGGUCUCGUUAUUUCUUGUUGACUUUAGUGCAUUUUCCCCCAUUAUUUUGUCCCCAAAAAGAUAAAUUUAGUCUAAAGAUCCAGACUUUAUAAGAAGAUUUAACAGUUGGAUGUGGAUCAGAGAUGAAAGGUGAAGUUGAAGGGUUGAGAGGACAACAAUGACUACAGGGUCAUUGGGUCUUCGUUCUUCAGGGAGUUAUGGAUCAUUGCAACAACAGCAAUUCCAGAACAGUGGCUCUCCUUUCCAGGCGACACCCCCUGUUCCACCACGAAAGCCCCCAAAAAUGUUCAAGGAGAAAGAAGGAUUGUUUCUUUGGAUCUGCAAAUUUGCACCUAGAAAGAAGGUUGGGAUGCUGCUAUUGUGUGUUGUGUCGGCCGCAGUGUUUUUGUGGGUCUUGUAUGUUGGAAAAGGUGAAGAUACACAGGAACUUAUCACGUCCAUGAAAAGUGGGGUGUUUCCUCCAGAUACUGGACAGAUUAGGCAUAUUGAUUUUAUAGAGCAAAAUAAUGUUGGGCACAUUGCAUCAAUUGAAUCUCCUCCACCUCCACCUCCACCUCCACCUCCACCUCCACCUCCACCUCCACCUCCACCUCCUGCAUAUUUUAAAGGAUAUACUCUACCUCCUGGGAAUCCAUGUGAAGGCUUCACACUGCCACCACCCCCAGCAGAUAAGAAGAGAACUGGACCAAGACCAUGUCCAGUAUGCUAUCUUCCUGUCGAACAAGCUAUUGCAUUAAUGCCAGAUGCACCAUCCUUUUCUCCCGGAGUUAGCAAUUUGACUUACAUCCAUGAAGAAAAUUUGAGUAAAUCCGAGUUUGGAGGUUCAGAAUUUGGUGGGUAUCCUUCACUGACGCAGAGGAAUGAUUCAUAUGAUAUAAGAGAGUCCAUGAGUGUGCACUGCGGAUUUGUCAGGGGAGCCAGGCCUGGGCAUCAGACAGGUUUUGAUAUUGAUGAUUCUAACCUUCUUGCGAUGGAAUCUUGUCGAGGUGUUGUUGUGGCAUCGGCAAUAUUUGGUGCUUUUGAUUUGAUUCGGCAACCACAAAAUAUAAAUGAAUAUGCUAAAGGGAAUGUCUGCUUCUACAUGUUUGUGGAUGAGGAAACAGAAAACUUUCUGAGAAAUUCAAGUGAACUGGAUAGUAGCAUGAGAAUUGGUUUAUGGAGAAUCGCUGUUGUUCAUAACCUACCUUAUGAUGAUCCAAGACGAAAUGGAAAGGUCCCAAAGCUUUUGCUGCACAGGCUUUUCCCGAAUGCUCGUUAUUCUCUAUGGGUUGAUGCAAAACUUGAACUCGUUGUGGAUCCAUAUCAAAUACUGGAAAGAUUCUUGUGGAGAAAAAAUGCAAGCUUUGCAAUAUCAAGACACUACAGGCGCUUUGAUGUGUUUGUAGAAGCAGAGGCUAAUAAGGCUGCUUCUAAGUUUGACAAUGCUUCCAUCGAUUUCCAGGUUGACUUCUAUAAAAAGGAAGGUCUAACUCCAUAUACCAGAGCUAAACUUCCUAUCACGAGUGAUGUUCCUGAGGGGUGUGUAAUUGUAAAAGAACAUAUUCCGAUCUCCAAUCUCUUUACUUGUCUUUGGUUUAAUGAAGUGGACCGCUUUACUCCAAGAGACCAAAUUAGCUUUGCCAUUGUGAGAGACAAGGUCAGGGAAAAGACAAAUUGGACUUUGAAUAUGUUCUUAGACUGCGAACGGCGAAACUUUGUGGUUCAGGGUUAUCAUAGAGACGUUCUUGAGCGCUGGCCUCCCCCACCUCCACCUGGUGCUAUUGCGGUUGUUCAUCCUCCACCGCCUGUAAUUGAUGAAACUCUGCCUAAUGUUUCCACAUCAAGUUUUGUUACUAGUCCAGUCAAAAAGAUACCCACAAAGCGUGGGAGAGAGAGGAAAUCCAGACGUCAUAGAAAAGUUAUUCCGGGUAGUAAAGAUCUUAACUCUAUUUAAAUAAUUAUUUAGGUAAAUUCUUAUUCUUUCCUUCCCUGAAGUCAAGGAUAUCGAUUGUGGGGUUAGGAAGGAACUGUGCAAGAUGAGUGUUAUUGCUGUUGUUGUUUACAAGAAAGGCGGUAUUAAAAUUUUCCGUCAAUUCUUUUA